AUGGGAAUCAAAGGCCUUUUGAGAAAUGUUCACGCAAUUUCGGUUGAGAAAGAUCUUCAUUCUAAUAAGAAUCAAAUAUACAUGAAAAUGAGCAGCUUGUGGAUUUUGGCAGGUGCAACAACAACAGAUGGUUUCAAAGAUGGAGAGGCAACAUGUGAAACUUAUUUGAAGUCCAAGGUUUAUCAUAAUACAAUGGAAAAUUAUUGGGAUUUGCAAGCAGUACCUAUUGUUUUGCGAUCUCCUCUGCCAGGGAUGUUUUCGAGUCUCGGAACUGAUAGAAUUUUGAGCAAUCAUAUAGAAUCAUCGACUUCACUGAAGAGUGUUCCAAUUCGACAGCCAAUUUUGACAACAUCUUUUGAAGAACUUCAAUACUACUCGGAGAAUAACCUUUUGCCUGAGAUUUUUAGAGAAUUAUGA